AACUGCACGAAGGUCAUUCGAUUUGUCAAUAAUAUAAUACACGACAGACAUGUGGGAGAAAUGUUAGCUGGCUUUAUUUUUAAUUUAGAAUAUUUUUAUAUUGAAUAAUGAGGGGAAAACGGUCUAGACAUAGAGGAGGGAUCCGUGGUAGAGGAAGAGGGUCGAAGAAAAGACGUGUAGACAAAUGUAGGCCUAGUCCCGGUCAAAUGAGUUCAGAAAUCCACGAAUCGAAUUUGCCGUCGACUGCCAACACGGCACACGCUGGAAGUUUGACGGGCAAGAUGGACCCAGCAUCACUUCUAAAGACAGCAGAUGAUGAUUGGAGUUCAGAAAGUGAAGAGGAAAGCCCUCUAGACCUGCUUCUUUCAUCAUUUGGUGACAAAAAGAAUUUAACUCGUAUGAAAUAUGAUGAUAAUAAAGAAGAAGGGGAUGAAGAUAAUGUAGAAGGAGAUGAAGAUAUUGAUUUGUCCGAUGACAACUCAAGUUAUAAAUAUGAAAUAGAUGAGAAAAAUGCAAGACAGGAGGAACUGGUAGAUAAUGAAGAUGAGGAGAACAAAGAGCAGGAUGAGAACGAAGAGAACGAGGAUGUUGACGAAGGAGAUGAGGAUGAAGAAGAAAAUGGUGAUGACGCAGAUGAUGAGUCUAUUGAAACUUCAACAGGGGUGGAGUACAAAGAUCCUUUUUUCAGAAGAGUUAAUCAUGUAAUGGAACAGAAAGACAUUGACAGACUAAAGGAAAAGCCAGGCACUAUAGAAAUGAAGUGGCCGCAGCUUGGUCAGAUAAAAUUCCAGUCAAGUGAAAAGAACCCUACACAGCCACAAAUAUGCCAAGAAAGUAAAUUAUCAGAGCUUUAUGUUCGAAAGAGGAUAUCGGAACGAUGGCAGGAUGUUAACAAAGAGUAUCUUAAUGCAGCUAACCCAGAUGAGGUCUUCAGUCCAUUGCAACGAGAAAUCUUCUCCAUUAUGAAUGGGUAUAAAGAUUUGCUAUAUUGCAAUAGAACACAUCAUAAUGCUGAGGAGCUUCGACUUACAUAUUGUCUGCACGUUCUUAACCACAUUGUUAAGUCAAGGCAGGUUGUCCUCAAACACAACACUAUGCUGUCUCAAAACCAAGAGCUGGACACAGACGAGUUUCGUGACCAAGGUUUGACUAGGCCCAGAAUUCUGAUUCUGGUACCAUUUCGUGAUGCAGCGUGGAAGAUAGUAAACAUGUUUGCAAAACUCCUGCUUCCAGCAGACCAACAACAAAUUAGUCACCGUAAGCGGUUUAACCAGGAGUAUGGUGAUCAGGGGCACGAAAGUUCGAAAAUAAAGCGACCAGAUGAUUUUGAAGCUACCUUUGCUGGCAACAUAGAUGAUCAUUUCAGACUGGGUAUUGGUAUUUCAAGGAAGAGCAUGCGUCUGUACACAGAUUUUUAUAAAUCCGAUAUCAUCAUAGCGUCUCCAUUAGGAUUGAGGACUGUAAUCGGAGCCGAAGGAGACAAGCAUCGAGACUGGGAUUUUCUGUCAUCUGUUGAGGUGCUAAUUAUCGACCAAGCUGAUGUUUUUCUAAUGCAGAACUGGGAACACAUUAUGCAUAUUAUGGACCAUCUACACCUUCAACCAAAAAAGGCUCAUGACGUGGACUUUUCCAGAGUGAGAAUGUGGACCCUGAAUGGUUGGUCCAGUUACUACCGUCAAACUCUUGUUUUCAACGAAGUUAAUGUGCCAGAAAUCAACGCUCUAUUUAAUAAGAAGUGUUUUAAUUUCAGUGGUGGAGUCGCUGUUGUCAACCGACAGAUAAUGGCAUCAAUAUGUCAUGUAACUACUCAACUGCCACAGGUGUUCCACAAGUUAAACUGCAGCUGUUAUCCUAACGAGGCAAAAACACGAUUUGAUUUUUUUAUCACAAAGAUACUUCCACAGUAUAGUGAUGCUGUCAUGUCAAGGACCCUAAUAUACAUCCCAUCAUACUUCGACUUCGUACGAGUACGUAAUCACUUUAGGAAGAACGACUUGAACUUUGCCCAGAUUUGUGAGUACACAAGUCAAUCAAACAUCUCCAGAGCUCGUCAGCACCUAUUAAAGGGAACUCGUCACAUGUUACUUUACACUGAAAGAUUUCACUUCUAUCACAGAUACAAGUUGAAAGGAAUCCGUCAUGUCAUUUUCUACCAACUGCCAAGUUACCCACAAUUCUUUAGUGAAAUUUGCAACAUGGUAGAUAACCACUCAACUAACAAUCACAAUUGUUCCGUUAUUUAUUCGACGUUUGAUGCGCAUCGAUUGGCUGGUGUCGUGGGGAAAUUACGUUGCUCCCGUAUGCUGUCUUCAAAUAAAGACACAUACUUAUUAAUAACUGGAACUCAUUAAAUUGAGUUUAUAUAUUGAUUGCUAAUGUGUGUGAUGUUGAACACGUGUAAACAAAUGCUUUCACUUUUGGAUUCAGUUUGCACAAAACGUAACAGCUAAUGAUAGUUGCAGUUAGCCUGUGGCAGCCCCAGCCUGCUAGACUGGCAUGGACCUCCCUUGGCUUCCAAACCAUGGCAAAGUUGUCCGACUAAAAUAUUAAUUUGCUAAUCCAAACAAUGUUACUGUGCUUGCUAAUUUAUAAUUUUGUGAUCUUAAUGCACAAAUUUGGGCCUUUCUAAACAGUCUAGAACCUGACCGUGGCUUUAGGCGUUUCCCUGACUCUGACCCCCUUGUGGCUCCGGAAGCUUGUCAACAAGGGGUCUAACAACUACUAUUUUCAAGGGAGACUCAGCUGGCCCAGUCCCCCCCCCCCCCCCCAAAUUUUUCAAAAAAAAAAAAAUGAAGUCUAAAAGUGCCAUUUCCUGCCAUGUAGAGGUGCCAUAAUCAUAACUUUCUUAUCUUACCCCAAACCAUUGUCGGGCUGAGGUAGUAUAGACCCUCCAUUUGUGAAAGUCCAAAAUAUAUUAAUGAUGUUUCAGCAAAUACUUCCACCCUGAAUUCAAUGUUGCACAAGAUGUAAACAGCAGAAUACAGCCUGAUUCUAGCCAGAUGAAAUGCAAACAAAUAUUGAUUUGUUAAAAAUGAAUUAUUUGUUAUUAAGAGUGUGGUGUUUAUCUCCCUAAAUCAGUUGUCAAUAUUUUCUACAAUGAAGCAGUUGAUUUGAGCAAAUAUUAAAAGUGGUUUUGACAAUUUUUC